AGUCUUGUUUCCGUGUCUUUAUUGUGAGUUAAUAAUAUACAUACAUAAAUAAUAUUUCUCUGAAGAAUUAAGUGUUUUUAUGAUUUUUUAUUUAAACAAAACAAUAUUAUUAAAGCAAACGAUACACAGAUUCCCUAUAAACAAAAGUGGAUGUAAAAUAAAUCGAGUUCGGUUUUAACGAAUUUUAAGAAAAAAAAGCUAGCAGCAGUACAUCAUGUCAUCGAGUUUAUUCAAGGACGAACAUAUUAAGUCUGAUGCAGUUAAUGAAACGACAUUAAGGGAGAAAAAUGAUCAUAUGCAUCAUCAAAAAGAAACAGCCAAAGAACGUAAUGAGCUGUUAAAUGUUGAUGACGACAAUAUGAAUAAUAUAAGUGCGCCCAAGAAGAAAACUAAAACCAAAAAAAGUAAGAAAGGCGAAGCAGACAAACAAAAUAUUUCAGUGAAAUCGAGUUUUAGUAAAUUUGAUGCUUUACAGAAACGAAAUCUAAUUCAUGUACGUUCUAUUGAUGCUUGUACUGCACAAGAAAAAUUCAGUGUAAGAUUUCAUUACUAUCAUGCAUUUAUUAACUUAUUUCAGUACAUAGUUGGCCUGUUGUAGACAGUAGUGUACAAU